AUGAGUUUAAAACCCUUCACCUACCCGUUUCCAGAGACAAGAUUUCUUCAUUCAGGAACAAGUGUGUAUAAAUUCAAAAUCAGAUAUGGUGACAGCAUCAGAGGGGAAGAUGCAGAAAGUAAGGAAGUCAUCAUCCGGGAGCUGGAGGAUUCUAUUCGUGUGGUCUUGGGAAAUUUGGACAGUCUGCAGCCAUUUGCUACAGAACACUUUGUUGUAUUUCCCUAUAAAAGCAAAUGGGAGAGAGUGUCCCACUUGAAAUUCAAAAACGGCGACAUCGUGUUGAUCCCCUAUCCAUUUGUUUUGACACUGUAUGUGGAGCUGAAGUGGUUUAAUGAGAACCUGUCAUCUGGGAGACCAGUAGAUGACGGUUCCCUUGGAUUGGGCCUCGCCGAGAGGAAAGCAGCAAGAGCCAUAAAGAAGAAACGAAAGCACAUGGAACUGUCCAUCUCUCCCAGCAGGCCAGGGCCGGACAGGGCCAAGAUGAGGACUUCCAGCCACGGUCCCAGCAGAAAGAAGCUCCUCCUGGACGCCAGCAGGAACAUGGAAAGAAACACCCAGCAGGGAUGUCAGGAGACUCCGGCAUUUGAUGGCGCUGAUGGCCAGGCACAGGGUUCUAGGUGGGAGGAGAGCCCAGCAAGGGAGACCAGCCCCCCGCUGCAGCAAAGCAACGCACCUCCACCUGCGGGCCCCACAGGCCCGGGCACCGGUGGCUUCUUUGGGUUUCUGAGCUCUUUCUUCCCGUUCCGGUAUUUCUUCGGGAAGAGCAGCCAGUGA